AUGGCAACCAUCCAAAAUACGACGAACAUCAACCCGCAAUUCGAAGCGCAACUCAUCAAGUCCACGACACUCGUAUUCAACGUCAACUUGUUCAUCUAUGCCCUCAUUGCGGUAGUCGCCAUCCUCCGUGUACCACACCUUAUCGGUCUCUUCGGAACCACUUCUGAGUGGUACAGCGGUCACUUUCUUCACUACUCGGAACCAAAGGAGGAGAAGGUUCGCGUCCAACGCAAUGAUUCCAGCAGGACGAUCGUGGCCCGUCACAACUCUACCAAGUCCGUUGGCAGGAACAACUCGACAAAAACGACGCUCAACCGGAAUGCAUCGACCAAGACGACUCUCGAGCGACAUAAUUCCACUAAAACCGUCGUAGGCGGUAAAGAGGAAGAAUACGCCAUGGACGAUUACGCACUGCCGUACAGCGGUGGUAACCACCGUCGCCGGGGACAGGUUGAACGCGUCGACGUGAAGUAUCCACCUCAUUUCGCUGUCGUCCCGCCCUUCUUCCGUCCAUUGCUUUCGUUGUCACGGGUACGCCUGUUCGACGGGUACUCGACCGGUCAACUUGCGCUCCUGGCCAGUUACUUUUACACCCUCGUCUACGCCACAUUCUUCAAGUCCAACCCCUUCAUCGAUGCUACCCGUCCCGCUUGGGUGGCUAUCUCACAGAUGCCGCUGUUGUUCGCAUUGGCGCAGAAGAAUAGCCUUUUGGGCUCCCUUCUCGGUUAUGGAUAUGAAAAGCUCAAUUACAUCCAUCGUUUCGUCGGCAAGCUUGUCAUAUUGGCUUCCAAUCUCCACUCGAUAUACUACUUCUACCGAUGGACCGCCGCGGGAACCUUUUCGCAGGCAAUCGCUCGUCCAAAGAAUGCCUGGGGGAUGGUCGCCCUCAUUUUCAUGGACUUGAUGUACAUCUUCUCCACUCAGUUCUGGAGAUCCAAGGCGUACAACCUCUUCAUAUGGUCCCACACUAUCCUUUUUGCGCUCCUGCUUCCAGCUGUCUACCUCCACCAACCGAGCCUCCUUCCUUACGUCCUAGCCUGCGUCUUUCUCUAUGGCGCCGACAGGGCCAUGCGUAUCCUCAAGACCCGUAUCACCACCGCGACUAUCAUCACCGUCCCCGAACUCGACAUCACCCAAGUCGAGAUCCCCUCGCUCAACUCUGGUUGGCGUGCAGGUCAGCACGUCCGCCUCCGCGUCAUGUCUCGCGGGAUGGGCUGGUUCGGCCUGACUGAGGUGCACCCCUUCACGAUCGCCACAGCCCCCAACUCGCACGACGGCCUCAUUCUCAUGUGCAAGAACGCCGGGGACUGGACGAGGCGGCUUGGCCAGCUUGCCAAGGAACGGGGGUAUGAUGUUGGCGAAACCAGGGUCAAGGUGUGGGUUGAGGGCCCGUAUGGUGGGCCUGGACGGAUGAUUUUCCCGAGUUUUUCGGGGGUGGUGUUGGUUGUUGGAGGGAGUGGUAUUACAUUUGGGCUGGCGAUGCUCCAGGAUUUGGUGGCGAAGGAUUUGAAAGGCGAGAGUAGAGCCAAGUACAUCGAGUUGGUGUGGGUCUGUCCGGAUGCCGCAUCCGUCGCACCCCUCGCUUCCCUCUUCACCGGCCUCAUCCAACAAAGUAUCUACACGCCCAUCCGCAUAUCAGUCUACUACACCCGCGCAAUCUCCUCGAAGCUCCCUUUCAGCACAGGUGGCAAAGACGCCUCGCCCCACCUCCCGAUCGCGUUCCACCCGAAUUUCACGCUGACGCCAGGUCGACCUAAGAUCGGCAAAGCGUUGGACUCGGCGAUCGCGAAGGCUGUGAGUCUGGGGCCUGGGCGGAAGGGGGAGGAGGGGAUUAUGGGUGUGGCUGUUGGUGUGUGUGGGCCUGCGGGGCUUGGGGAUGACGUUGUGAAGGCUGUGGCGGGGAUUGAUGCUGCGCGGAGAGACCAGGUUGGGGGGAUUGAGAUUCAUGAAGAAACUUUUGGAUGGUAG